CCCAAAAUUGUCCACCGCUUACCCUUCCGAGCCACGGAAAACCAAUCCGCCGGCAGAAAACAAUAAUUUUCCUCGACUCCAUGCAAACACCAAAAAACUUGCGAUCAAAAGAACACAAUAUAAUACCCCCCAUCCACAAAUACCAAAGAAAAGAGAACAAUUUCAAUAUACAAGCCGACAACACUCCAUAAACAAAGAGGGAAAUUAAUUUAAAAAGACAAAAAUGUCGGGCUCCUCGCCUGAAUUCCUCCGAUUCACCGGCCACCGGUCCUUCACCCGGCGCCUCACCAUCGCAACCCUCACCGGCCGUCCCAUCCACAUCUCCAAGAUCCGAAGCUCCUCACCCACGAACCCGGGCCUCGCCCCCCAUGAGGUCUCCUUCCUGCGCCUCCUCGAGGCCGUCACCAACGGCAGCUCCAUGCAAAUCUCCUACAGCGGUACCACAAUCACAUACCACCCGGGCCUCAUCACGGGCACAAUCGCCGGCCUGGGCGCCGCCGAGGGCGACGUCAUCGAGCACAGCAUCCCCGUCACCUGCACGAGGGGUAUCACCUACUUCCUCCUGCCGCUGUGUCUGCUGGCGCCCUUCUCAAAGGCACACAUGAACGUGCGGUUUUCCGGCCCCGGCGUUAUCACAUCCUCCACCGAAACGGGCGACGUCUCAGUCGACACGUUCCGUACCGCUAUUCUCCCUCUCUUCGGCCUAUUCGGCAUCCCUCCCGCGCGAAUUGAGCUCCGAGUUUUGCAGCGCUCCUGCGCUGGUCCCGGCGGCAAAGGCGGCGGCGGCAUCGUCGAGCUUCGCUUCGCCAGUCAAGUCCGCUUACCCAAGACGCUGCAUCUCAACCGAAGCCCCGGCCGAGUAAGGAAGAUACGCGGGGUAGCUUACUGCACUGGUGUAUCUGCCUCAAAUAACGCACGCAUGAUACAUUCUGCCCGUGAGAUCCUCAACCCGUUCGUCACGGAUAUCCACAUUGCAGCACAGUACGAUCAGGCCCCGUUGGUGCCUACAGGAGAUAAAGCAGGCAGCAAGCGAAGACUGGGCAUUGGUUACGGCCUGAGCUUGGUGGCAGAAUCUAGCUCUGUGGGUGUAAUAUACUCUGCAGACGUCGUCGUGCUGCCUUCUGGAGGAGAGGUCCCCGAAGAUAUUGGAAAGAGAUGCGCCUACCAGCUACUAGAGACCAUUGCAAAGGGCGGCUGUGUGACCCCGGUAUCAGCAGGUUCCGUGCUUACCCUGAUGGCUAUGGGCUCCGAAGACGUUGGUAGAUUAAGAAUUGGCAGAGAUAUCCUCGGUACAGAGGAGCUGGUUGAGCUCGCAAGAGAUCUGAAGACAUUUGGCGCUAGCAGCUGGGGUUUGCGGGACGUUGAGGAAGACGACAGCGGGGAUAUCAUCGUUUCAGUCAAGGGCACUGGUGUCGGUAAUGUGGGAAGGAAAGUCGCCUAAGCUAUUUAAAUUAAUCAAUGGGAAAAGAUGCCAUGUCCCCUUGUCUUGCUUUGGCCUUUGGCGAAAAUUACAGCGCAAUAUAGACAGUCUGUGAAGGCUUUGCUUUUUUUUUUUUUUUUCUUUUUUUUUUCUGAUAAAAGUUGAAUUACCCGUUCCGUA